AUGUUGAGUCUCUCUGUUUCUCCACCUUCUUCUUCAACCAUAAGCUUUCUCCCAAGACCGUUACCAUUCAAAUCUUACUUCACUGGCAUUCAGCUCCGUCGCACUGCCACAUGCUCCGUUCCACCCACGAAACACACCGCUUCGGUGCCGGUGGUAAUGAUGUCUAAGAGGGUGGAGGAAUUGAAGGAAAUUAGACAACUCACCACCGAACAAAUCAACGAAGAGGUUGUCGACCUUAAGGGCGAGCUUGUCAUGCUUCGCCUUCAGAAAUCCGCACGCAACGAGUUUAAGUCCAGCGAAUUCGGUCGAAUGCGCAAAAGGAUUGCUCGCAUGCUAACUGUGAAGCGGGAAAGAGAGAUUGAGGAGGGUAUCGGUAAGAGGUUGUCCAGAAAGCUUGAUAAAAAAUGGCAGAAAAGCAUUGUUGUAAGACCACCUCCAUCUUUGAAGAAGCUUCGGGAGGAAGAAGCAGCAGCAGAAGCUGCAGAAGCUGAAAAAGCUCCAUGA